AGCUGUGUGAGCUCUAAGCGGCACAGCGUGUUUUAGCUUGGAACUGUCCAUGCCGUGCUUCCCGAAGCUUACUAAGAAGGCGAAGUCGGUCAAGGUUUCUGACAGCGGCAGCGACUCCGAAACACUGGAUUGCGGGAGAACAACUGGACAGGAGGGACCUGAGAGACUGUUCAGUGAUGUGGAAAGUGCCCAAGACAAGCUGGUUGGAGUUAUAGUCACCAUUUUCGCUGAUUCAUCCUACGACGAGAACUUCCGAGAAGUCCGUCCUGAAACUGUGACAGGCGAGAGAGUGUCCACAUACUCCCUGGACUUGAGCGAAGCUGGAUUCCUCCAAGACUAUUUGUCGAGCGGCUCAGCUCCUUCUGGCUCUUGGGCCAGAUUGGUAGAAGACAUUCGCAGCGUACCGGCUGACAGUGUGACAUUGAAUUGGGAGUGCUGUGGGGCUUGCGACGACGGGGGCUUCCACACAAGCGGUUUCCGGCAGCGGAGACGUACGCCAAGCCCAAACCCAAGUCCCACGAUUUGCCUGAUCAGCUUUGCUUUGCGCAGUGGCUUCACCGUUAUGUGCUCAGACUUCAGUCUGAAGGCUCUCAUUGCUGAGUGGUCAGAAGAGCUCUUGGGUCCCAACCCCUUUGUGCGCCUCUCAUGUGAAUGCGAUAAUCAGUUUCAGCUGGAGUUCUUUCCUGAGAACUUGAAGGACAGCGAAGUGCCGCAGCAGCUUCAAGUCGUGGGAGAGCUUUGCGCAAAGGAUGGCAAAGCAGUGGUUGGUGCGCUUGGUGGCACCAUCCUCUACACCAUCAAUCCCAGGAGACGAGCCACGGAUGCCUACGAGCUGAAGGUUCUUACAGUGGUAAGCCAAUGGCCUGGUGGCGAUAUGCCGGAGGCAAUGCGUUGCGAGACCGUGAGGGGCGACCUGAGGAAGACAGGCGCUGCAGGCCACGUGGCCGUCACAUAUCCAUCUGGCGGGCAGCUUGUCACCAGCAUGGGCCACUGGAUUGAGCUGACGCGCAUUGACACCUCGCUAGAAUCCAUUAUGCAGGUUGCUGCGCACAACUUUGGCGCCGAGGAAGUGUCCAAGCACAGGGUCGCUUUGAGCCAGGCACGCACGGAGGGCGAGCGCCAGGCCUGCAUCCAGAAUCUGAGCAAGCAGAUGAUCCAGAAAUCCGUCCCCUCCAAAAUGAAAGCCCGAACCAAGUUCUGAUCUCAGCGGCUUCUUGUACAGAGGCUCACCUUUGCUGAUUUGGUUUGUUUGCACUGCUGUUUCCAAAGCUUCAUGUACAGUGGGAGCUGCACUUCUGCGUUGACAUUGCAACAUGCAACGUGG